UCCUGCACAAGAGAAAACAACGGCUCAACCUGCAACUCAACAUCCCCAUACAAACUCCUCCACAGAGUUACCGAAAGCGACAACAAAUUAGGCGUCGGAAAACCUUUCCAAGGGCUCGACCCGAAUUCACUCAACAAUGUCGACCUUUACGCGGCACAAAAGGAACUCUACCUCGGGAAAAAAUGCCAGGUGGACGAUAAACCGAAGCCUUGGCAAUUUUGGAUGAUCAUGCUCAAGAGCGGCAACAUGGACACUUACGCAGCCAAGUGCCCGAAAAACGGGCUUAAAGUGGGCCCGUUUGGCCCAAGAACCCAAUUCCCAUGUUUCGGUAAAGGCUGCAUGAACCAACCGUCGAUUUACCACAAUUACACGACUUUGGAAGGGAAUAAUUUGCUCGAGGGGAGUUUUUAUGGGUCGUGGGAUUUGAACGCGGAUUGGAGGCGGGAAAAGAAUAUUUCGUAUUACUCGGUUACUUGGGAGAAGGAGCUCGGGAAAGGGAGUUGGGUUUUUCGACAUGUUUUGAGGACGUCGGUUAAGUACCCGUGGCUAAUGCUUUACCUACGAGCCGAUGCCACGAGAGGGUUGUCCGGAGGGUACCACUACCCGACUCGCGGGAUGCUAAAGAUUAUACCGGAAUCGCCGGAUUUCAGGGUCCGGUUCACCCUCAACGUGACAGCUGGCGGCGGGCCCCACAGCCAGUUCUACCUGCUCGACAUGGGCGGCUGCUGGAAGAACGACGGCCGGCCGUGCGACGGUGACGUGGUGUCCGACGUCACUCGAUACAGCGAGAUGAUACUCAACCCGAGCACCCCUUCUUGGUGCAGGCCCAACGACACGAGACUCUGCCCGCCCCACCACACGUUUCCCAAUGGAACCCAAGUGGGCCGGCACGAAAAGGCCCAAUUCCCUUACGAGGCCUACCACUUGUACUGUGCCCCGGGAAAUGGGGCCCACGUGGAGCAACCGAGCGCGCCUUGCGACCCAUACAGCAAUCCGCAGCCGCAGGAGAUUGUGCAGAUACUGCCUAAUCCCGUUUGGGGUGAUUACGGUUAUCCAACAACCAAAGGAAAUGGAUGGAUUGGAGAUGCAAGGACUUGGGAGCUUCAUGUUGGGAGGCUGUCCCAAUCCCUUUACUUUUAC